UUUCUUCAGUUAUUAUCGCCUCAUCACUUGUCAUUUGUGACAAUAUGAAUGCGUCGCGCGACCGAUAAGGAGCUGUUCAUGUAUCGGUCGCGUCAUGGACUGCUCGACAUUGAGAACCUCAGCAGUGCAGUGUUCAAACAGCAGUUCCGGUUUGAUAAAGGAGAUUUUGACGAUCUCGCUCGCGGUCUCCUGAUGCCGGAGUUCGUGACCAGCAGUCAGGACGUAGUCGUGCCCGGCCGGGAAGCGUUGUGUCUGACAUUUCGGAGGCUCGCCUACCCGAAUAGAUGGUGCGACCUCGAGCCAGUCUUCGGAAGACGUGCCUCAGUGAUGUUGAGCGUCACUUCUCAAGCGCUGCAGCACAUCUCGCAAACUUUUGGUCACCUUCUGACCAACUGCAACAAUCAUGAGUGGCUGACGCCUGCCAGGAUGGUGGAGUUUGCGAGUGCUGUCCACAACAAGGGUGGGCCUUUGCCCAACUGUUGGGACUUCAUUGAUGGCACGGGUCGCCCCAUGUGCCGCCCGAAAAGGAACCAGAAGGCGUACUUCUCUGGCCACAAAAGGAUGCACGUGGCAAAAUAUCAGUCCAUAAUGUGUCCCAACGGCAUUGUCUGCCCGCUCGAUGGGCCAUAUCCUGGAAGGCGGCACGAUGCAGGUAAUUUAACAAAUAGCGUGGAAGUAGAGCUGCGUAUCGGUGCACCACAUGCAGCUGCAUUUCGUGUUUAAAUGUGGCAACAGGUGAUUUGGUCACGAAA